AUGAACAAACUAAGCAUGAUCGACCUUUCUUCUAAUUGGCUUUCGGGUGAAAUCCCGCACUGCUUUGGUAACAUAAAGCUGGAGGUAAACAAGGAGAAGUCUGACAUGGGUAUAGAAGCAACCGAUUAUCUAUAUGACACAUUGGCAUAUGAUAUGGACGAGUUUGAUUUAGAAAUGGACUAUCAUGUGCAUUAUUUCGAAAAUCCGGAUUAUAUCCAAUUAGCCGAUAUGCCAAUUACAGCGACAUUUGUCACAAAGAGAAAUUCUUAUUCUUACAAAGGCAACAUCCUCAAUUACAUGUCAGGAAUUGAUCUCUCUUCUAAUAAAUUACAUGGUGAAAUUCCGGAUGCCCUUGGGAACUUAAGUGAGAUCCGCUCACUCAACUUAUCCCACAACAAUCUUGUUGGAACAAUUCCAGCAACAUUCUCAAACUUACAUCAGAUUGAGAGCUUAGAUCUCUCCUAUAAUAGCUUAAGUGGGAGGAUCCCCACUGGUCUGAUCGAGUUAAAUGCUUUGGCAGUCUUCAAUGUGACGCAUAACAAUUUAACAGGUAGGAUACCUGAUAAACGUCAGUUUGGAACCUUUAACGAAGAUAGCUAUCUGGAAAAUCCUCAUCUUUGUGGUCGUCCAUUAUCUGUCGAUUGUACUAGCACUGGAUCAAGACCUGUCCUGCCAUCUGCAGAUGAUGAAAGUGAGGAGCACUGUUUCAUGGACAUGGAGUACUUCUACAUAAGCUUCAUCAUCUUUGAGAAGAACCCGACCACAAUCAAGAACUAUGGUAUCUGGUUACGGUACCUAAGUAGGACUGGUUAUCAUAACAUGUACAAAGAGUACCGUGAUACAACUUUGAAUGGUGCCGUAGAACAGAUGUACACUGAAAUGGCUUCUCGUCAUCGCCAUCAUUGCAUCCAAAUUAUCAAGACAGGCACUACCCCGGCUAAACUUUGCAAGAGGGAGAGCACUAAACAGUUCCAUAACUCUAAGAUCAAGUUUCCUUUGGUGUUCAGGAAGGUCCGGCCACCUACUAGGAAGCUCAAGACAACUUACAAAGCAUCAAGACCCAACUUGUUUAUGUAA